UCUCUCUCUCUUUCUCUCUGUUCCUCUCUUUUCUCUCUGCGAAUCUCUAAUUUUCUGAUAAUUUUGAGUGUAAAAUGGAGGCAUUCGAGCAUUUGAUAGUGGACGAGUUUAACGAAGAAGACUUCUACGAGACGAUAGAAGCCCCGAAGUUUGUAGACCUCACCGCACCAGAUCAUCGCCCUGAAGGAGAUGAUCGUUACUGGUUCUGUUCCAGAGUUGGAUGUGAUCAGAAGCAUGAAGAGUUCAUGGAUUCGGAAGCUAUUUACAAAAAAUUCGUUCUUCGGGUCAUGGCAGCUAGGAGUCCAAGUGUUCGUCUUCGGAAAGCUCUUUAUAGAAAGGAUUUCAGUGUUGAUCCUAAAUGUCCCAAUACCGUUCCUGCAAAGCCCUCGAGAUCACGGGUGUCUAGAUUGGCUAUGAUCUCAUCAAUUCCUCAGAAGGGUAAUGCUAAUAUCAGGUCAAAAGAAGUUAAAGUAGUUUCCACAAAUAAGAAUGUGACUCCAAAGGCAAAGGCAAAAGGAAAGGAGUCAUCAGUGAUCUCAUCAGUUCCUAAGAAGGCAUUAACUGAGAGGAAGAAGCAAAUUCAGAGUCCAGCAGCUUUUAGGAGUGUACAGAAUCCGAGAAAUGCAACAGUCAAGGUGUCUGAAAACAGAGUUGUUGCAAAGGCUUUGGUGUUUCAAUCUCCAAAAAAGUUGGUGAAACUGAAGAGAUCUGUGGAGCUUAGUUCUUCGGUGAAGAAGUUGUGUAAUGGGAUGAGGAAGCUUGAGAUUGAUAACAAAAGAAAUGGUUUAGGGGUUAAUCAUAAGGUUGUGAGUUCAGCGCCAUCUAGAAGGCCGCUAAAAACACGAGAGGUGAAGAGCCGAGUGUUUGAUUCUGUGCGAUCACAGAAACGGAUUGAUGAAAAAGCCAAAGGUACUGGUAUUUUGAAAAAGAAGGUCAAGAAAAUGGAGAAAUUGGAAGAGCCUGCACUUUGCUCUGGUCCUUCCAAAGCUCAUGAAUCUAAUGGCAUAGAAGUUGAGGGUAAAACUAGUGGAGAUGAAGAGCUCAUGGUCGAAAACAAAUCUGAAGAAUUGUCAGACACAUUGAAGGCUAACAUAAACAAUCAGCUCCAGGACAGAGAAGAUCCUGCUGUAAUAAAGGAGAGUGGACUAGCUACAUCAAAGCAAUAUCAAAUUGCAGAGAUGGAAGAAAAGGAAAAUGCAUUAGCUUUGGAGUGUGAGGACAAAGAGAAUGUUACUCUUGCAGCGGCUGUCGAUAAAGAAGAUAUUUCUGUAAUAAAGGUGAGUGGACUGGAUAAGGCAAAGCAAUGUGAGACUGUGGAGAUUGAAGACAAGGAAAAUGCAUUACCAUUGGAGUGUGAGAACAAAGAAAAUGCUACUAAUGUAACGGAUGUCGAUAGAGAAGGCGAUGAUAAGGAAAAUUCUUCAGCCUUGGACAAUAACAGAAAAGUCGACCAAGCCACCUAUCCUCGGUUGAAAAAGAAAGUUUUUGGCAAGAAAGAAAUUUGUAAAACUACUCAAAAGGUUAUGACAGUAGCAGACAAGUGUUUCAAUGGCAAGACUGUUUCAGCUGAUACCCGUUUGGAGAAGAACGCAACUUCCCGGUUAAAAGCUUCAAAAGGAACAUCCACAAAACUUGUCUCUGAAAAUAUGGUGGAUUGCAAAAGGGUUGCAUUAGGUAGAAAGAAGCAAGUGGCAAGGAAAAGAAUCAAAACCGCGGAGCAAGCCUCGCAGAUGAAUGGAGAAUCUAAAGAAGUUGCAAUCAUCAACAAACCUUCUGUUUGUGUUGUUGCUUCAGGGGAGAAAAGACCUGUAACUGUCCCAAAGGGACCAAACUUCCAUUGUAUUCAUGUCCCUAAGAGCUGUACAAAGAGAGUGGCAUGACAAGUCUAAGAUCGGCUUUAAAAUAUAUCUGCAGUUUGAUUCACACGAGUCUUGUAAGUUUGGUUGAUCUUUGCGAUUUAACAGAAGUGAGAUUUUUUUGGUGUGUAUAAAAACACUUGCUCAGUUUCCAGAUUGAUCAAUACAAAAAUUGUUUGAAU